AUCGCUCUCAUCGCCUGCAAAAGGGGGACGAUCUGCAGAGCGGCCCUGGCUCCGCUGCACACGAGUCUGUCAAAGCAGCGCGUUCUUGGGCCUCAUGCGUUCGAGUGGAUUCGGACCUGGAGACGGCGCUGCAUUAACAGAGCUUCACGGCGUCACAGACCGCUUGUUUGGAGGACGACUCGGCAGCACACCUGCACUCGACGACGAAACGAUUGCCGAAAGCAAAACAUCACUGGGCGACUCCAAGUUUGACGAAGUCAUCGGCGAGCUCGAGAACCUGCUGCUCGACUCGGAUUUUGUCGACCUACAGAACCGAUUCUUUGAUCGUCAUUAUCGCGAGUUUACCGACGAGGAAGAGAACAAGCUGGUUUACAUGGACAUAUUCAAGAGCUAUACAGACGUGAUCGAGAGCUUCAUCAGCGUCUACAUCAAGAAGCGACUCUCGUGGUUCUCGAUGCCCGAGUUUCUGGAAAUGCUUCGGUCAAAGCAGGCCGAGGAGAUGAGCGGCGAUGUCUUUGAUGUGCUGGCGUCGAUCGGCGACUUCACGGCCUUCAAGGAGCUGAUCAUGGACUACAAACAUGAGAAGGAGGGGAAAACACUCGACUUUUCCGACCUCUUGAGUGUUCGGUACAUCAAGUCGUAACACCCCAUCCAACCCCACAGCGAUCCCAGCGAAGCCCCAUCGUCGACUUGGAGUACUGCUUCUCUUCCUCUCAAUGAUGUACAGCAACGUUGGGACGUAGACAUCCACGGCGCCCCCUCCCUCCAAUAUUGCACAAACCAGAAACGAAAAAUAGAAACA